CUUCAUGGUAAAGAAGUAAUCCUUUACCAAUGGGAAUUGAAGAGAAUGAUAAUCCGAUCUUAAGUGUUAGUCAUCACAUUUAUCCGCAAACAAAUUUAACUACCAAUCAUAAUAUUGAAGAAACUGGAUCUAGUAAAACUUCUCAUGAAUCAAUACUUGAUAUUAUAAUAUCUAUCCUUACAUAUACUCAUAUAUAUAAUCUAUUUACAAUGUUAUCAUCAUAUAUAAGUAAAUUAACUAUUAAUGAGAAAGAAUCACACAAUAAUGUUAUAGUAGAACCAAAAGUAGAACCAGAGAAAGAAUCUGAUGAUUCAUCCUUUCUAGAUGAUAGUAUUAAUGAUAGUGAUCUACAAAUCAUUCAAAUAAAUCAAAAGAUUACUAAUGAUUAUCAUAUUCUUAAGAACCAAUCCUCAUUAAAUCAACCAUUUUAUAAUAGUAUACUUGAAUUUGAUAAUGAACAAAUACCGACUCCACCUCCAGCACCACUUUCACAAGCUCAAAAUAAUCAGGAAUUAAGUUCAUUAGUAUUUCAUAACUUAUUAAAUAAACGACUUAAGAGUUAUAGUAAUGAGAAAGAUUCGGUUGUUAAAGAUCAAUAUGGAACUAAUUUAAAUUUAUCAAGUGCAUAUGUAUCAAUACCUGAAAGAGCAAUAACAGAAUUUCAACCAGAUAUUAUAAAUAUUGAAGAUGAAGAUGAAGAUGAACUUGAAGAUGAACUUGAACAUACUGAAGAAAAUAUUCUUGAUAUAAAUGUAGAUAAAUUAAGUCCAAGAAUAUCGGAUUAUAAGAAAACAGUAUUAAAUUAUUAUAUACCUUCAUUACCAAUUUCUACUGCAUCAUAUUCUGUAUUAGAUAAUUUAAUUCCUCAAUAUUAUAUUGAUAAAGUUUCAUCAAUUUAUCAAAAUUAUCAUGAUUCAAUUCUUUCAAGAGUAGAUAAAUCACGAAUUGAAUCUCAAUCAUUAAUUAAACCCUUAACAUCAAAUCAAUUAUCAAAAGUUUAUAAUGCCUGGAAUAAUUUAAAUCAAGGAGUAUAUGCAUCACAUUUUCAAAUUGAAUUAUAUAAUCAUGAUUUAACUACAUUAAGAGAUGGUAAAUGGCUUAAUGAUAAUAUAAUUGAUUAUUAUAUGAAUUUAAUUAUUGAAAAAUCUAAUCAUAAAGUAUUUGGAUGGACAACCCAUUUCUUUUCAACUCUUGAAGAAAAAGGUUAUUCAGGAAUUGUUAGAUGGGGGAAAAGAAAGAAAUUAAAUUUAUUUGAAAAGGAUUUAAUUAUGGUACCAAUAAAUGUUAUGAAUACUCAUUGGGCUUUAGCCGUUAUAAAUAAUAAAUCUCAUAGUAUAGAAUAUUAUGAUUCAUUAAUAAGUUCUAAUGGUAAUAUAAGAGCUAUAAGUUUAUUAAAAGAUUAUGUUGAACAAGAAGCAAAUCGAUUAAAUAAAAAGAUUUCUUCUGAAUAUCAAUUAUUUCCUCGAAUGAGAUCUCCUCAACAAGCUAAUGGUUAUGAUUGUGGAGUAUUUACAUGUACAGCAGCUAAAUAUUUAUCAUUUAAUCAACCAUUAAGAUAUUCUCAGAAUGAUAUGAAGAAUAUUAGAAGAAGAAUGACGUUUGAAAUAAUGUCUAAUGAAUUAUUAGAAUAAGUAAUAUAUAUAUAUGUAUA